AAAUGAACUUGGACUGCGUUUAGAAGAGGUGCAAUGAUCAGCGAGCUAAUAAUUGUAGCUUUCUAACCAGCAGAGGUCAUUAAACGUCCAUAUCAGAGCUAUCGAUGCUUUAGUAUAGUAGUGCGAUUGCUUUUGUCUGUCUGAUUGCUGUGAAUGGACCGCUGGCUAACGUUGGACUCAAAAUCUAUGUAAAAAAUUCCCUGCCAUACUACCAAUUCAGCAAUGCAUUCUUUAGAAGGUAAUCUUUAUUCGUUAAUUUUGAUAAAUUCUGAGCCAAACACUUAUCGACAUGUGGCUGGUACAGUCUGAAUGUGGUUGCUUAAUUCAGCUGACAGCUAGCUUGCAAGGAAGCUAGCUAGGAGAGAAUCAACACCUGUGGAUGUCACAAGUCAUUGAUUUGAUGGUGUCCAGCUAGAGCUAGCUACAGCUAUGUCUGUGGCCUCUCUCCUGCGAAGUGCCAUGAGAGUGGGGAACAGACGUGUCGCACCACAUUUGGUCCAUCAGAGAGCUCUGUCAGGGGUAGAUUCUAUCAAUGCACUGAGACCUUUCUACUUUGCAGUGCACCCAGACUUCUUUGGCCAGCAUCCCAGGGAAAGGGAAGUGAAUGAAAAUUCCCUCAAGAGACUCAAUGGUUAUUUGGAAAACCUUCAGAAACCGGGGACCCGCUCAGUCCAACCAACAAAGCUCACCUUUUAUGUCAGGGAAAUAAAGGAGAAGGAAGACAUUCAGAAGGACGUCCUUCCUCCUGGGUUCCGUUCGGUCAGCUUCACUCUGCAGACCAAGGAUGUCCUGACCACCGUAAUGGACGUGUUGAAGUCCUGCAGUCUGUCCACAGAGCACAUGAAGGGACUGAAGGCCAGCUCAGAGUCACCCAAGAGCCAACAGCCAGUGGCUGGGCAUGGGAACCCUUUCUACAGGCCCAUCAAAUGGGACAAAAGCUACUACAGCUUCACUGGCUUCAGAGACCCAGAGCAGGAGCUGAAGCAGGCCAAGAAAAUAGAGCCCACACUAAGCUUGUGGCUGAGAAACCAUGAGAAGGAGGCUACGAAGAAGCAGAACGCCAGUGUCCCUCGACGGGAGGAGUUGAAGAGACUCAAGAAGGAAUUGUGUCAGAAAUUUGCCUUGGAAGAUAUUAGGUGGCAGCGCUCCUGGGGAGUGACUCACAGAUGCUGUCAGCUCCAGAGUCUGAGCCGUCUCUCCCAGCAGAACCCUGAGGCUGUGCUCAACCUGCGAGGACACACUAUAAUAUUCACUGACCAAUCAGGGAUGAAUGCCUCGGGUCAUGUGAUGCUGGGAACAAUGGAUGUUCAUCACCAAUGGACAAAACUGUUUGUGAGUCUCCCCAGCUACCGUAGCCUGCUCCAGCAGACAGAGUGGCUGAAGGAGAGGAUCAGCCAUGUGUUGGGAGGUAUUCAGGUAAUUAACGUAGAGAGACUGGGACCUGUACAGCCUAUAGAGGAACACUGCAGCAUCCUCAACACCUUCCAUAAGAGACUACUGGCCCAACGCCUAGCCCUGCAUCCCAGGAGCCUGCAAGGUCUGGCCAUGACCCUGGAGAAUGACCGCUCCAGCCCCAGCCUGCAUGAGAUGGGUCACUUCAUCAUCCCAGCCACCUGUGAGCCCAGCAGACUACAGACUUUCCUCCAGAGCAUGGCCUGGGAGGCCCGACAACGAAUCAAACACAGGAACCAGCUGCAGAAGGAGGAGGAGGAGGUACUGCUCCACUGCCUGGAGGCUCUGGCCCUGAGGAAUCUGUCCAAGGAGCCCAGUGUCAGACACAACCAGAUGAUCCCCUGCUGCAGGCGGUUGCUGGAGGAACGCUCCCCCCUCAUGGAGGGCCUCCGGGUGGAGGUCUCCCACUUCUACUCUGUCAUGCAGGACGGGGACUUGUGCAUCCCCUGGGACUGGCAGGGCUGAGGGGACAGGGACAGGGACAUGCUGCAGCACGCCUGGUUGAACUAGACUCAAUGCUAUGCUCACCAUGUCUACCACCAAGCUACACUGCAGCUGCCACACAGAGAAACAAACCGACCGACUCUCACAAGGUCAAUCACGUUAUCCUUCUACUGGAGAGGACAGAUAAACAGACAUACUCUUUUCACACUAUUGUGCUGAACCAGGGCCCGGUUUCCCAAGAGCAUCUUAAGGCUGAGUUCAUAGUUAGAACCUUGGUAGGAGCAUUGUUAAAUCUCUGAACUGUUUUCCAAAGCCAUCCUUACUGAAGUCUCACUUAAAUGCUUGUUAUUUACCACCCGCCUCAGAUCACUCCUAGAACUGCUAGUGUUAUUUUUCCCUUCCACUAAACAUAGACUCAAGAUGCUUCUCUGUCUCUCUGUGAGCACCGAUAACUUCACAACGAUGUGGACUGCAAAUAUACAGUUGCCAAUGCCUUUGCAAUCGUUGGAAGCAACCAAAGGAUAAAAUGAUGCUUAAAAUGAAAACCGACAUGACUGCAUUCAGAUAGAAAUAGCCUGCCUAUACUACAGUAUAGUCUACAUGGGUCUAUAUUUCCAUUAGUUUGAUUUAUCUAUUUGGCUACCAUCUGUAAUUUCUGCCUUUAUAUAUUUCAUGAUGUGUCAUCUUGAUUUAGUGCAUUUAUUAUAGGUUAAGCAUUAGAGUAAGAUCACAGUCGCACUAGCUGAUCCGUCGUCAGUAUUGUGGAAUAAUUAUAAUUUUAAGGUAAGAUAUUAAUGAAUAAAGCUGAUCUGAAUUCUUUCAA